GAAGAGGGCUGCCUCCUGGCUGGUGGCGGGGCUGCCUCCGCCCCUGGGGGAGACGGGGCUCCGGACAAGCGUCCCCUUCUGCCUCCGGCUUUCCUCCUCUUUGAAAUAAAACUGGCUGAGAUAGAUAAAGGGAAAAGAUGCCGGCCACUCAGAAACCGAUGAGAUACGGACAUACAGAGGGACACACGGAUGUCUGCUUUGAUGAUUCUGGGAGUUACAUUGUGACUUGUGGAAGUGAUGGAGAUGUGCGGAUUUGGGAAGACUUGGAUGAUGAUGAUCCGAAGUCCAUUAAUGUUGGAGAAAAGGCGUAUUCAUGUGCUCUGAAGAAUGGGAAAUUGGUCACUGCAGUUUCUAAUAAUACUAUUCAAGUCCAUACAUUUCCAGAAGGAGUUCCAGAUGGUAUACUGACUCGUUUCACUACGAAUGCAAACCAUGUGGUCUUUAAUGCAGAUGGUUCCAAAAUUGCAGCUGGGUCUAGUGACUUCCUAGUUAAAAUUGUGGACGUGAUGGAUAGCAGCCAACAGAAAACAUUUCGAGGACAUGAGGCUCCUGUUUUAAGUCUCUCUUUUGAUCCUAAUGACGUCUUUCUGGCAUCAUCCAGUUGUGAUGGCUCUGUCAGAGUGUGGCAAAUUUCAGAUCAGACAUGUGCUGUAAGUUGGCCACUGCUACUAAAAUGCAAUGAUGUGAUACAUGCAAAAUCGAUCUGCAGACUUGCUUGGCAGCCAAAAAGUGGGGAGUUACUGGCAGUUCCUGUGGAAAAAUCUGUUAAACUAUACAGAAGAGAAACUUGGAGUAAUCCUUUUGAGCUGUCAGAUAAUUUCAUCUCUCAGACCCUCAAUGUGGUUACCUGGUCUCCCUGUGGGCAAUACUUAGCUGCAGGCAGUAUUAAUGGCUUAAUUGUAGUUUGGAAUGUGGAAACCAAAGACUGUGUGGAAAGGGUGAAGCAUGAGAAAGGAUAUGCAAUUUGUGGCCUGGCUUGGCAUCCUACUUGUGGUCGAAUAUCCUAUACUGAUGCCGAGGGAAAUCUCGGGCUCCUCGAGAAUGUUUGUGACACCAGUGGGAAGGCACCAGUCAGUAAGGUAUCUAAUAGAGUGGAAAAGGAUUACGAUGACCUCUUCGAUGGAGACGACUCGAGUAUCGCUGGUGAUUUCCUCAGUGACAAUGCGGUCGAGGUCCCUUUUUCAAAGAGGACUGUAAACAAUGAUGAGGAUGCUGAUGACUUCUUGCUGACUUCAGGGCGUCUUCGACAGCGAAGCCACGUCUUGGAAGAUGAUGACAACUCAGUUGAUCUAACAAUGCUGAAAACUGGUCUGCUCAAAGAGGAGGCAGGUGAUGAACCGGCUGGCAGCUUUCAUAAUCAGCCUGUGGUCUCAUCUCAGCAGCCGCUUUAUGAAGGGCCCAUGCCCACUCCCCGGCAGAAGCCCUUCCAGUCAGCUUCUACCCCUGUGCAUCUCACACACAGAUUCAUGGUGUGGAACUCCAUUGGAAUUAUUCGCUGUUAUAAUGAUGAAGAAGAUAAUGCCAUAGAUGUGGAAUUCCAUGAUACUUCCAUACACCAUGCAACACACUUGUCAAACACUCUGAAUUAUACACUAGCAGAUCUUUCCCACGAAGCUAUUUUGUUGGCCUGUGAAAGCACUGAUGAACUACCAAGCAAGCUUCACUGUCUGCACUUUAGUUCUUGGGAUUCAAGCAAAGAGUGGAUAGUGGACAUGCCUCAGAAUGAGGACAUUGAAGCCAUAUGUCUCGGUCAGGGGUGGGUGGCCGCUGCCACGAGUGCCUUGCUCCUUCGUUUGUUCACUAUUGGUGGCGUUCAGAAAGAGAUCUUCAGCCUUCCUGGGCCAGUGGUGUCAAUGGCAGGACACGGAGAACAGCUUUUCAUUGUUUACCACAGAGGUACAGGAUUUGAUGGGGAUCAGUGUCUUGGAGUUCAGCUGCUGGAGCUGGGGAAAAAGAAGAAGCAAAUUCUGCAUGGAGACCCUCUUCCUCUUACAAGGAAAUCUUACCUUGCAUGGGUUGGGUUUUCAGCUGAAGGUACUCCGUGUUACGUGGACUCAGAAGGCUGUGUUCGAAUGCUUAACAGAGGCCUCGCUGACACGUGGACUCCCGUAUGUAACACCAGAGAGCACUGCAAAGGAAAAUCUGAUCACUAUUGGGUAGUUGGCAUCCAUGAAAAUCCCCAGCAGCUGAGGUGCAUUCCUUGCAAGGGUUCUCGAUUUCCUCCAACCCUUCCACGUCCUGCUGUGGCAAUAUUACCCUUUAAGCUACCCUACUGCCAGACUGCGACAGAGAAAGGACAAAUGGAGGAACAAUUUUGGCGUUCAAUUAUGUUUCACAACCACAUUGAUUAUUUAGCUAAAAAUGGUUAUGAAUAUGAAGAGAGUACUAAAAAUCAAGCAAUCAAAGAACAACAGGAACUUUUAAUGAAAAUGCUUGCGCUUUCUUGUAAACUGGAGCGGGAAUUCCGAUGUGUGGAACUUGCUGAUCUAAUGACUCAAAAUGCUGUGAAUUUAGCCAUUAAAUAUGCUUCUCGCUCUCGGAAAUUGAUACUGGCUCAAAAACUUAGUGAAUUGGCUGUGGAGAAAGCAUCAGAAUUGGCAGUAACUCAAGUGGAAGAGGAGGAAGAAGAGGAUUUCAGGAAAAAGCUGAAUGCCGGUUACAGUAAUACUGCUACAGAGUGGAAGCAGCCACAACUCAGAAACCAAGUGGAAGAAGAUUCUGAGAACAAUAAAGAAACUGAUGAAACAGAACAAAACCCAGACCUACAUCGGCAUGGACAGACAUUGUUUCCCAAAAGUGCCAAUUCCUCCAAUGUGCCUGCUGUUAAGUCAGGUGCGGUGACCUCUAACAGCCAAGGACGAGUAAACCCCUUCAAGGUGUCAAGCAACUCUAAAGAACCAGCGAUGUCAGUGAAUUCACCACGUUCCACUACUAUUUUAGACAGUAUGAACAAAUCCUCCAGGAAACCCACUGCACUCAAUAGAGCCGCAAGUAGUAACGAUAAGUCUCCAGUUAUAAAACCUCUGCUCAUCCCAAAGUCAAAGUCUAAGCAGGCAUCUGCAGCAUCCUAUUUCCAAAAAAAAUCUUCUCAGGCUGAUACGACUGAGGAAGUGAAAGAAGAAGAAAAUCCUAAAAAUUCAUCCUCUGAAAACUCAGCUCCGUGUCCUGACAACACUGAAAACCAAAGGCCAAAGACUGGGUUCCAGAUGUGGCUGGAAGAAAACAGAAGCAAUAUUUUGUCUGACAAUCCUGACUUUUCAGAUGAAGCAGACAUAAUAAAAGAGGGAAUGAUUCGAUUUAGAGUACUGUCAACUGAAGAAAGAAAGGCAUGGACUGAUAAGGCCAAGGGUGGAAAUGCUGCUGAGGGAGCUGAAGCAAAGAAACGAAAGCGUGUGGUCAGUGACGAGGAGACAGAAGACCACAAGGAAAAAGCCAAGGAGAAUCUGAAUGGGCCUAAGAAACAAAAACCUUUACAUAUUUCUACAAAUCAGAAACUGUCAGCUUUUGCAUUCAAGCAGGAAUAAAGGUAGAAAGUGACCUGUGAAAAGUGGUAGACUUGCCACUCAUUUUUGAUGACUCUAGUAUCUUGAAAAAUGUUUAGUACACUCGUUUAUUGCUAGAACAAUUUAUAGACAACUGUAAGAUAAUAUGGUUGUAUUGUUAAAGGUAACAGAGCAUAUAUAGACCAUUUAUACAGGUUGCUCUGCUCCCAACUGAAGGGCCAUUCAGAAACCUUGUGAUUGUGGUUACUGACUUGAGGUCACCACCACGUCUCUCAGAAAGCCAGUUUAGUUUAGUUUGUUAUCUUCAAAAGUCAUCAAAGCCAAAGUCUUAAAACCUUUGCAAAUUGCAGUACUUUCUAGGGAUUUCCCUAUCUGGUCAUGUCCUGUGCAAGGUGGGAAGUCCUGCAGUAGUCUCUUCCAAGUGUGUUGGCAUGCACUGCUUGCUCUGUGUCUAUAUUAGACCUUGGUAAAGGUGUUUUUUAUUAUGAGCCCUAAGCAUGUAAAUAGUCUUAGAGACAGGACUGUACCCUGUUUGUGUGCUUCAGAAAUUUCUUUGUCUAUCACUUUGACUUGUCUGCUUAGCUUGGGUUUCAUUUUAGCAAAAUAAAGAUUUCUGAUUUUCCUAUUUGACUUCA